GUACUUCAUUUUGACAUUCGACGAGACAAAAAUAUGAAAAUCAACUGUCAAUCGAAAAUUACAGGUUCUCUCGUAGUCCUCGUUCCUUAUCGAGAAAUUCACGUUCUUAAGUAUCACGAAUGGAUGUCAUCAGAGGAACUUCAGACAUUGACUGCGUCCGAACCGCUCUCCUUGGAACAAGAAUAUGAAAUGCAAAAGACAUGGGCAGCUGAUGAAGACAAGUGCACUUUCAUUAUUUUGGAUAAAGCCAAAUACGAAGAGACAAAUAACGAAGUUGAGUCUAUGAUCGGUGACACCAAUGUCUUCAUGACUGAUGAAACUGAUGCCACCUUGGCAGAAAUUGAGAUCAUGAUUGCAGAGACUGGUUAUCGUAAAAAUGGAAGAGGAAAAGAAUCAACAUUACUAAUGCUCAAAUAUGGUAUAGAGCAAUUGGGAGUGAAACAGUUCCAAGCCAAAAUCGGACUGGAUAAUAUUGCGAGUAUUCAAAUGUUCCAGAAGUUGGGUUUCCGCGAAAUCAGUCGCAGUGAAGUUUUCAAUGAAGUUACCUUGGCUGCCACUUCUGACGACGAAGCAUUUGUACGAUACAUGAAAGAUCACCUUGUCCAAUACAGUAUAUCUCACCAUUACUGUGAAUGGAGUUUAAUUUUUUGUUUAAUGAUUUUACGUGCAUCUUUAAAAUUUGCGAGCUGCUGCCAUCUUCCUUAGCGAGUAGAAAAGAAGGAUACGACCGAUCCCCCACCUCGCUUCUUUACCAAUAUUCCUCUCA